CUUGAUUUGCUGUGGCUGACGCUGUGGCGAGUGCUGUGGCUGAGGGGGGCGAGCCCCGCGCUAAUGAGCCAGGCAGGCACCAAUGACGACGCGUAUCUGGAAUAGCUUCGACGGCUCCGAGGGAAACCUUUGAGCUGUUCAACAAAACUCUACCGUCAAAAUGUCUGGCUACGAAGUUGAACACAACAUCUCCACGCAGGAUGAGGCGGCGCAACCCGCACCCCGCCGGCCUGACCUGUCUACCUUCUUCUCACAGCUCGAGCUGAUCGAUACCUCCGAUCCCCAGGCGCACACCAAUGCACACGCUUUGCCGCAACCGGAGAAUAUGGCGGCGGCAUUUCGCCUCCUAGCAAAUGCCUUCGAGAUGAUGCGCGGACGACCUGCGGACGACAGCAGUGGUGGGGACGGUGAUUUGCUGGCGAACAUGAUUGAGGUCCUGCGGCAGAAUGCCGACGACCCCCCGGCAGAGCUCAAGGGCUGUCCAGAUAGCUUCUUGGAUGAGCUCGAGAGAGUGCCAAACAAGUCGCUUAAGCCUACAGAUACAUGUCCCAUUUGUGUCAAUCCGUUCUUGGAGGACAAAUACCCGCUCGUAGUGCAACUUCCCUGCCACAAAGACCACUGCUUCGACCUGGACUGCAUACGACCCUGGCUCAAGCUAAACUCGACUUGUCCGUUGGAUCGCAAGGAGCUGCUCAAGAAGAAGCAGCCCCCCCCUCCACCCGUCGAAGACGAUGAAGAGGACUACGACGAUAUGUACGCAUGAGGAAGCGCAGUCAUUUGCAAUGUCACGGCGUCUGAGCAACUUCCAUCAUAGCAUGAGUCUGCCAUAAGACCGGAAAGAUUACGAGUCUCAAACAGGGCCGCUGUCGUAAUCUUCAACAUUUCUUCGACCUGUCAAAUAAUUCUGUCUAAUGUUGAAUCCUGGCCAACUCUUGGCCUCGUUGCAGUAGCGUGUGGGGAAACAGAAGAUCAUCACUGCCAUGUACCACUGCAUCAACCAGUGCUAGAGCAAGUUCGUCCGCUCUGAUGAACGAGCCCGAGGAACCGGCGAGCCACAUCGACGCCUCUCCAAUAGUCCGCCGUAUAUUGAUUCAUUGGCGACU